GUGACGGCUGUAGAGUUCAAGGAGAUUUCAACCCAUGAGGAAAAGACAGAGUUCAAGAAUAUGAACAGAGCAAUCUUUCCUGUGGUAUAUGAUGACGAGUUUUAUGACACAAUGCUGUUUAGAAGCAGCUACCAUGCAGCAUUAGUUUACUGCAACAAUCAGAUAGUAGGAACGCUAUCUUUUGAAGUUAAGAAUCGGGCAGUCUAUGUUUUCACAUUUGGGCUGCUGCAGAGAUUCAGGGGGAUAGGCUUAGGCGAGAAGAUAUGGACCAAGGUGGAGGAUAUCUUUAAAACGACGUUUCAAUGUUGCAGAAUACUUCUCCACACCCAGACAUCUAAUUUAAAGGCUGUUGAUUUUUACAAAAAACACGGUUUUAUUAUUAAAGAGACAGUCAGCGAGUACUACGAAGGACUCCCAUGCAACGCAGCCUACUUGUUUGAAAAAUACGUAUAA